UACCAUUUAAAAAAUGGCGGCCAUGUAGUCAACUUGUAGCUGAAGUUUAUUCCAGCUUUUUAACCCAAAAAAACAUCAAAAAACUGUCCUAAUUUCUCCUUUAUUGCCUAAACCAUAUGUGCUGGUGGCUAUGGAUAAGUUUGCUUGUCAGCUUUUCUUUUGCUGAAAGAAGCGCUGGAGAUGAGUUACACUGUUCCAGGGAACAUGCCAGGAUAGUGAGAAAUACUCUUCGACAACAUUUUUUUCCAGCCUUUGAGAAACAGGGUAUAGAGGUUCCAGAAAAAUGCUCAUUACACGAGAGCCACGACUUGUACAUCAACCAAGAAAUAAAUAAGAUAGAGGAACAUGUAUCUAGUUGGAAGUGUGACUUGUGUGGUAAAACAUUCUAUGGAGAGUACUUUCUUGAUGUUCAUUUCCAUAACAGACACCAAGAUAAACUAGUCGAGGAUUCUCCUGUGUGUUUGGCUGACUAUUGUGACAUUUUUAGAUGUGACUUUUUAUUGGAUCAUAAGAAAGACAUGUUUUGGGAAAAAUCACUCUGUAAUGAAAACAAACUUGCCAUCCUUAAAAGAAGAUGUGAAGUUCUGAUGCAUAGUUGUCUUCCUGAAGGAAACUUGCUCAAUCAAACAGAGUACAACAUUUAUGACUCCACUACAUCAAGUAUCUGCUCACUAUUAACUUGUAAAAACUACUGGAAACCACCAUAUUACGAGAUGCCUGCAUGGAGGAUCAUUUUGUAUGCUAUUGUGACACCAUUCUUCAUUAUGGGUCUAUUCGCCUAUUAUUAUUGUGCCUGGGAAUACUACUAUGGUGACCUCUUCCACGAUACCAGUUCAGAGAUGGAACAACACAGUCCACGAUAUGUAAGAUCAUGGCAGCAAGGAGGUGACUUAAGAAAUCGCUAUCCAACAAGACCUAUUCACAUGUAUUAAUAACCCAUUCUUACGAUCACUCACAUGACCAACAAACCAAUGGUACUAUUUCAGACACAUAAUCAUGCCUAAUUCACUCCCGGGGGAGGGGGGGUACUCCCCUAUAUGGACUAUAUGGGGAUGAUCUGCUGAACAGGGUAUGGUUUUUCGAGCUUCUUGUCAUAAACAGGGUAUGCAAU